CUACUUGAUGGCUCGAAUUGAGACUCUAGUCACCAAUGGCAAACCCAACCCAUCUGUCAAUUUCGGGUAUCUGAACGUAGCAAGGCUAGAAAGCUAAUAAACCAGCAAAAGGUUCCGAUAAUCCUGUGAAUUUCCUCGGUCAGCCGCCGAUUAUCUGAAGCAAGUAGAGAUGGCGGUGGCAGUAUCGGGGCUAUGGUGUCCCAAUCCAACUAUCAGCAGGAUUCCCACUCUUGAAAGCCGACGCAUGUCAGUUAGGUCUGGACCGCUCGCCUCCGUUGCUUCUCUCUCGUCUCCGCCUCCUACCAUCCAGAUUGUCGGCGGGAAAGCUCCGAGUUGGUAUGGCGAUGGAGGUGCUAGUUCUUCCAACAGUUACGGACUGGUGGAUGUCGAAGGAGACGAAGAUAUUGAUUGGGUUAAAAUGGAGGCCGACCUCUACUACUGGACCAAGGCACUUCGUCCUGUUCAGUGGUAUCCUGGUCACAUUGGGAAAGCUGAAAAGGAACUGAAAGAGCAGCUGAAACUGAUGGAUGUGGUGAUUGAGGUUCGUGACGCCAGAAUUCCCUUGUCCACCACCCAUCCAGAGAUGGAUUCUUGGCUCGGAAAUAGGAAGAGGAUCUUGGUUUUGAACAGAGAAGACAUGAUAUCCAAAGCUGAUAGGAAUGCUUGGGCAGCUUAUUUCUCUAGGCAGGGAAUGAAGGUUAUUUUCGCUAAUGGCAAGCUUGGAAUGGGCAGUACCAAGCUUGGGAGGUUAGCAAAGGAUAUGGCAGCGAAUAUUAAUAUUAAGCGCAGAGCAAAGGGUCUUCUUCCUCGUGCAGUUCGUGCUGGAAUUGUUGGGUAUCCAAAUGUGGGGAAAUCCUCUUUGAUCAACCGGCUACUGAAGCGUAGAAUGUGCCCUGCCGCCCCGAGACCUGGAAUCACAAGAGAUCUCAAAUGGGUUCGAUUUGGCAAAGAUCUGGAGUUGUUAGAUUCUCCAGGCAUUUUGCCGAUGCGAAUAAGCGAUCAAACGGCUGCCAUAAAACUUGCUAUGUGUGACGACAUCGGAGAGAGAUCUUAUGAUGUCGCUGAUGUUGCUGCAGUUCUUGUGCAGAUGCUAAUAAGAAUUCCAUCAGUUGGUGCAAAAGCGCUUCAGGACCGCUACAAGAUUGAUAAUGAUUGCCUCUGUGGUAAAACAUUUGUGCAGAAGCUUGCACUUCACUUGUUCAGUGGAGACACGCACCAAGCAGCAUUCCGCAUCUUGGCCGAUUUUCGGAAAGGGAAGUUUGGUUGGGUUGCGCUCGAGAGACCACCUAGAUGAAGCUUUCUCCAGCGUUGAACUUUCUGGAUCCUGCAAACUCUUCCAUCACCUGUCUUCGGAGGCCUAUACGAGACAAGACGAAGAGAUGGCUUAUCUAAGAUAUGUAUGGUACGUUAUGUAUGGGCGGAUAAGCAGCCAUCCUCCAUGGAAGAAAGUGAAGUUCUGUUGGAUCGAACUGGUUCUGGAGAUACGAUGGACAGUGAAAAAUGGGCGGGGAAGUGAAUUAAUUAUAGUGAAAAUGACCACGUCUACAUGAGCAAGCCAAUAUGUGUAUGGGCAGUGUGUUGUAAAUUUUCCUAGAUAUGCUUGGACUGAUGAAGGGCUCCUCUGUGAUGUGAACGGAGGCGCUCUCUUUCCGUCAUGGUGCAGUUUUUUUCUGUGAUAAUUGUGUUUUCCUUGUAGAAUAUGUAUGAUAUGUUUCACAUGUGAUUGGCAGUUGGCACCUUUGAAAUCGACAAUCUCCACUGUAGUUAUCAUGUUGAAUGGCUGUAGAGUGCAGAGACCAGAGAAUUUGAGUUGGUGGAUAUGGAAAACGUCGGCACUAGCAGACAGGAGUAAAUGCGGCACCGAUUGUGGCGCUAAGCCGCCAACUAAAAAGAUCGAUGCUUUUAACAACCCAAUCGUCAGUGUAGAAGUAAAGUUCAAAAUCAGAGGAACAGAAACAAACACUCAAACAGCAAUAAAAUUCCGUGAACUCUGGAGUUUCUCUCUCAAAUCUAUACAACAACAAGAAGGAAUGACUGUGAUGAGGGGAAAUGAAUAACUAGGCACCACAUGCCAGUGCAAGUAAAUUGACAAUUCAAAUAGUCUCCAAAAUCUGCUAACCUUUCAAUAUGCUUGUCCAGCUCUACCUAGCUACAACGCCCAACUUUCAAUGAACAAAUCAAUGUGGGAUCGACCGAUCGAACAGUACCAGUGCAGUAGGCACUAGUCUUACAGAAACCAUCUUCAUCUUGCAAUUGCAGGAGCACAAGUGGGUGCCGAAUCCUCAUUGUUCGACCAGGUCUCCUUGAUUCGACAAGCUUGAAUCGACCGUUCAAUCUGAAGCACGUCCGUGGCUUCUAGUCUAUCCAAAUUACAGCAGUAUCUCUCAAAUGUGGUGGUAUUUACCUGAAGUCUGAAAUCUACACUAAACAAAAACUUCAUUUCCAACUUGUUCAGCUCCCCUGUGCUUAUUCCUCCUACUUUGGCAUAGUACGCAUUGUUGAAGAAUGCAUCAUCGACGAAUUUAGCUGCAAGCAUGAUGCUGGUGAUGAGGAGGCGGUGGGCAUUUAGCGACGUUAAGUGUACAUUGGUCUGUUUGACAAAUCUAUCCAAGUAUAUCUGUGCAACAACAAAACAGGAAGGACUGCAGCAAGAGUACUUGAAGAUGCGUUCAAUGUACUGCUGAAUGCUCACUGGUGGUGCUCUCAAGCCAUGGAAAACAGUGAUCACAUCUUUGAUCUCAUUACUCUCCAGUAGCAUCUCAUUCUUCUUAACCAAUCUCUCGAGAAGCGACGAAACAAGUGCUAGAACACGAGGAGGGGAUCGAUUACACGAUGAUCCUUUCCCUGCUUCCCUGAGCCCCAGCGACAAGUACAAAACAUCCCGGUUCAGCACCCGGUCAUCAGUUGACAGAGUUCCCAUAUGUGAAGAUGAUUACACACACAGCAACUCUCAAACCCUGCAGAACUGGGAAAACGAUUCACAUUAAGCCUCACUGAAUUCUGCAGGCAAUAUACAAGUGAGAGCAAGCACCAAAAUUCUAUGUGUAUCCAAAAGUAAAACGUUAAACAACCAGUUGUUUGUUACUCGAUGAUACCGAAUUGCGAGGGAAAUGGGGUCAAUCCAAAACAGAAAACCACAAAAAGGGGAAAAGAGAGCGUCAAUCCAUUAAAUCAACGCAGAAGAAUGUAUUCCAGUGAGAGCAAGUCCAGAUCUUGCAGGCGGCGUUGAUAAUGAUACCAGCAGCUUUGAAUUCAGACCAGACCCGCAAAGCAAAAGAAAGAGCGUCUAAAGAUUUCACCUAACAAAUGAAACUACAACCCAGCAGAAGAAACCUAAAGAGAAUUUCCAAAAUUGGGUAGAAAGCUGAAACCCAAAUGGGGAAUCUAACCAGAAAAGAAAAUUAACUUACAGAUAAGGUCACCCUUUGGUGGAUUACUGAAGAUAGUGAGCAGUCGGUGGGUAGCGAGUAGAAGAAAGAAGAAGAUGCGGCGAACAUAGACUAACGAACCCACCGACACCUUCCCAAAGCGGAGGCUAAUUGGUCAUAGGAAUCCCGCCAUGUCUGGGCAUUUUCUUUUGCUGCUCGCUAAACCCACAGUGGGUCUUUCUUCUUCACGCUUUUUCCCCCUUCUUCAGGAUGUAGAGAGACAGGUGAAGUGAGAUGGGUUGGGUUCCAAGGAAAGCUUAUUAGUAGGGAAGAAGAAGAAGAAGAAGAGUGUAUUUUAAUGUUGGGUAUGUGGGGGAGGGAAGCUAAUCACGAGGGAGUAGAACAGAAAAAGGAGGGAAGUUUCUCUCUCCCAGCAACGCCACGUUAGUUAAAGUUGAAACUGAAGACGCCAUUGCUUUUUCACCUCCUUUCCUCUCCACUCCCAACCAUUAG